CUUUGACCAGCCGUGGCGUCGAGGAAGAGGUUUGUGGCUAAAUGACCACAGAACUGUAACAUCGAUACAGCAGUAAACAUGGCGGAGGGCGGAUCAAGUCUUGAACAGUCGGUAGAUGGUGCCAGGAGGCAGUCCCUGGACCCCCUCUUACUGGAAUGUCCUAUCUGUCUAGAACAGCUGCGACAUCCCAAGUCCCUGCCUUGUCUACAUUCGUUUUGUCAGGAAUGCCUGGGUGACUACAUCUCGAAGGAGUUGUCGGGCAAGAUGGCGUCGGUGUCCUCUUUUUCUUGUCCAGUAUGUCGGAAGGUCAUCGAGCCAAUGAACCAGUCGGAGGACAAGGAACGUUGGGCCGAACAGUUUCCUACAAACAAUCUUGCCGUGGAGAUGAUCCGACAACUACAGAAGACCGACGAGUCGAUCCUAUGUAAACCCUGCGAGAACAAAGGAAACAUUAACGUCCCUGCAAAGUUCUGGUGUAAGUCGAUCAAUACUUACUUCUGUGAACCAUGUAAGAUCAGUCAUCAUGAUCUGUUCCAUGCAGAAUGUGAACCUGAGAACAUCAUAGAAGGGAACAAGUCGGAUAUGAUUAAACGAGAGACGUCGGUCAGUGGAUGUGGAAAGCACAAAGAGAAGAUGGAGUACUUCUGUGAAGAUCAUCAACUCCUUGGAUGCAGCAAAUGUAUCAUCGUCAAUCACCGGAAGUGUGAGGAAGUGACGUCAGCUGAGGAUUUCAGGGACAAGCUAGUUAAGACAUCGAAGAUUGACGAUCUACUUCAGGAACUUCGGAAAUGUACAGACGCCAUGGAGAUACUGAUUAAAGAUAUAGGCGAACAGCUUCAAUCUAUGACAGAUGAUCAAGAAACCGCUCUGAAUAGUUUAACUGACUUACGGAAAAAGAUCGACGAGCGAUUCGAUAACUUACAGAAAGAGAUUACUGACAAGCUGAUAGCAUCUUUCAAGGAGGAGAAAGAAAACCUCGACAUAUCGAGACAGAAAUGUGAACGGUUGAUGGUCUCUAUGCAGAAUACACUGAAGUCAUCAAAAGACGCCUUAAAGGACGACACCGUUGGAACGAUCUGUCUGUUCCAGAGGGGACGAGCGGAGGUCGAGUCCUGUAAUGAGCUCGUACUGGAGUUAGAAAAGUCAUCCAGGUCUACAAAUCUGAGACAUGAAUAUGACCCGGAUAUACUCGCCAUCGACACCAAGACGAGCUUUACCAUGGGAAAAAUAGUCGUUCAUCAACAACAGAGGAGAUUUCCGUGUACUGCUUACAGCACCCCGUUAUCAGAACGUCAGCUGAAAAAGACGGAAAGGAUCGAUAUCAGAGUACCUUCAGACAAGGAAGACUGUCACGCGUUGGGAGUUGUUCUUCUCUCUGGUGGCCGUAUUGUUGUAGCAGACAGGAGAAAUAGAAAGGUGAAAUUAUUUACUGAAAACGGUGAUUUUCAUUGUGAGGUGGCAUUGACUGGUCAAUCAUGUGACCUUUGCCGUAUUGAUGACACCAGUGUGGCAGUGAUGGUGGUAACCUCCCACACCAUUAGUAUUAUCACCGUCAGAGAUUUAACCCUGACUGUCUCGUCAAACAUCACGAUUCCUAACAUCAAUGAACCUUGUCUUGGUAUCACAUACAACGUCGACUCUUUUGUUGUCGGAACACUUAAAUCACUUUACAGUGUACCGAAAAGCGGCGGCAAAGCUACAAAACUUCAUACGAUUAAAUCAAAUUGUUUACACCUCGGCAGUAAUGUUCAGAAUGGACACGUCUUCGCUAGCAUUUACACUAGUACUCCUGAUGAUGUAGCCGUGACCCGACUGAUUGAGGGUACUUCUACAGACGUGCUAAAGAUCGGGGUCGUGAAGGGUACAACAGGGAUAGACGUAGACAGGGAGGGCAAUGUGUAUGUUUGUGGAUAUAAUUCUCACAACGUCAUACAGAUGUCUGGGGAGGGAACCAACGUCAGGGAACUAAUGACGUCAUCAGAUGAACUGAAGCAACCACGGGCGAUUUCCGUGUUGGGUGAUAAACUAGUGAUUACAAAUGUCUCAUCAGACCAAAACAACUUUGUACACGUGUUUCAACUGGUGUGAAUGGUAAAAGACAACAUAUGUUAUAUCAACAUGUAAUAUAGAUUAUAUAUAUGAUUCCUAGAACUCCAUCCUUAGAAAAGCGAGAAGAAUCUACAGCUUUUAAAAUAUAGGCGGUCAACAGCCCUCGAAGAAAUGAAGAAAUGGACAAUCUACCACCUUCCCCUCUCAACAAUGGAUGGAACUAACUUGAUUGUGU